AUGGCCAAACAUAUUUGGAGUAUUAUAAGUAAACGUGACUCUAUUUGGGUGCAAUGGAUUCAUGAGUACAAGCUUAAGGGGAGGAAUUUUUGGGAGAUUCCUUGUCGGGGUAGUAUGAGUUGGGGAUGGAGGAAAAUAUUGUCCAUUCGGGGUAUUAUGAGACCUUUCAUCUGGUAUGUGCUCAAAAGUGGUCGGCAAGCUAAUGUUUGGAGCGAUAAUUGGUGCAAUGUAAGUCCGCUGCGUUCAUUCAUUACUCCUCGUGCUAUAGCAAAUGCAGGUUGUAAUUUGAAGUUGUCGGCUGCGGAUGUUAUUGAUGCAAAUGGGAAUUGGAGAUGGCCCCAAGCUUGGUUUGAUUUCUUUGCGGUUCUAAUAACUAUUCAAACGCCUCAAUUAGUUGAAAAUGUUUGUGAUCGCUUGGUUUGGAAAGAUUUGGAUGGUAAUGUUGGUGACUUUGAAGCAGCUCAAAUAUGGAACACGAUUCGAAACAGGGAUAACAUUGCGAACUGGGCUCAUAUGGUUUGGUUCUCUCAAUGUGUUCCUCGGCACUCUUUUCAUAUGUGGCUGGUCAUUAAGAACAAACUGAAAACUCAGGAUCGUUUAGCGGUUUGGAAAGCUGGGAGUGCAACUAACCUAAACCUUAUGUGUUGCCCGUUGUGUAAAAAUGGAAGAGAUAGUCGAGAUCACUUGUUUUUUCAAUGUGCCUUUGCGAGCAAAGUUUGGACAAAUGUGAAGAGCAUGGUGAAUCUAGAGAGUGUGGAUAAUACAUGGCACUCCUUAAUGGGCUGGAUUGAUCAAUCUUCCAAGUCAAAGAAAGUGGAUGAUAUCGUUUGUAAGGUGGUAAUUGCUGCGGCUUCCUAUUAUAUUUGGCAAGAGCGAAAUAGUCGGUUGUUUAGUUCAUUUCAUUUGACGGAGACACAGGUUGCGGAGAGGAUUAAAAGCUCGGUUCGUUUAAGACUAAUGGGAUUCAAGUUUCGGUUGGAAUCGGCUAGGGGGAGGAUUUUCAGCGUCUGGAAGAUUAAUGACAGCAACGAUGAUCAUCCUGAUCCGGGCUAG